AUGGUUCAACCUCCGCCGAUCGUCGGCGCCGUUCGCGCCGUCGCCGACCCGGUUCCACCAGUCGCCGCGCUUCGACCGGAAGGGUGUCAUCGCUCGACGCCGGGAUGCGACGACGAUUUCGCGCGCGAGUCGCUCGCAAUCGCCCCGACCGUCGUCGACGCGCGCGCCGCGUGCGCCCAACCACCGCCCAGACACCACCGCGGAGACGCCAUCGAGCAGGGGGCGGGUCCGGUGACGGAAUCCGCGGUGGUCCCCGAGCCGCCGGUGCAACACGCCGUGCAACUGUCCCCCGGGGUGUACUACGUCUCGCCGUCGCCGUCGCCGGCAAACACGAGCUGGCGCCGCGACCGCCGCGCGCGUCUCGCGGGCACGUUCGAGGGGUUCGCGCCGCCGCCCUUCGGCAGGCCGUUCGAUCCCGCGUUUCGGUACGUCCGCGUCGGCGUGCGCGGGUUGGGCGCGAUCGAGAGGGAGGUGCCGGGGAUGCCGGAGGGAACGCGACGGGUAUGGAUUUCAUUUACAUUUCCCGCCGCCGAGGCGUUCCCCGAGGCGUUCCUCGCCGCGGCGGGACCAAACGUGCGGUCGCGAAACGUGCCGUCCUCGUUCCUGCUGCCGAAGUUGCCGACCGGCGGCGGCGCCGGGUCGCCGGGGGGAACCAACGGAACGAACGACGACGAUCGCGACGUGAUAUUCGUCACCGCCGUCGAUCUGCGUCGUUUCAUCGCGUCUCGCGAGGCGUCGCGCGUCUCCAUCAUCGGCGCGCUGUGCGGCGCGAUGUGCUGCCUCGCGCCCGUGGCGACGAACGACUACGGCAUCGGGUACCCGCCGGGCUGGCCGCACCGCUUGAAUGGGCUGGGCGAUCACAGACACCUCGGCGACCACGGCGCAUUUGGCGUGGUGGACAGGCCGUGCGACGAGGAUCCAAACGUGCCGAGCACGGGGAUCGGCGACGUCGCGGCGUGCAUCGGGGCGGCGGACCUCGCUGGCGAGGGAGGCGAUGGAGGGGGAUGCGGGGGAGGGGGAUGCGGGGGAGGGGGAUGCGGGGGAGAAUGA